UCAUGCUGGUUAAUUUUGUUUGAUGUUGCAAAUGUCAGAUAGGUGUAUGAAGUUGUCAUUCGGUGUUAGCGGUUUCCUAUAGUGUAUCCGCCUAUUUAUUGCUAUUCUUAAUACUUUACUAAUUAAAUUUGCGUCCUAACAACCGAAAUUAUGAGUUUAGGACCUUGUCCAACUGAGAUAAAAGCCUGCCAGCAUUUCAUGAAGCUGGCAGAUGAUCAUGCCCAAAGAAAUCUUGUUGUGGCGUAUUAUGCAAGAAUGUCAGCAAUUCAACUGGCCAUGAAGAUUUUGCCUGGAACAAAACCUACAGAGGUUAGCCAGUAUCUCAUGUCUAUUAUGGAUUGGCUUGAGGUGACAAAGAAGGAACAUGGGGCUACAGUUGAAGGAUUGAAUAAUGAGACAAUUGCACAAGCUUUGAUUGAAGAGUACAUGCUGAAGUUGUAUGAAUUUGCUUAUACCAGCGAUUGCCAAGAUAGAUUUGGAAAGAAUAUGGUUAAGGCAUAUUAUACUGCAAGUCUGUUGUGUGAGGUAUUAACUCAGUUUGGACCUCUCUCUGAAGAUCUUGAUACAAAAUGUAUGACUGCAAAAUAUAGAGCAACUUAUAUUCAUAAUAUGCUCAAGAAUGGGCAAGAGCCGAUGGGCAUUAAUGUUACUAUAAUUCGAAGUGAAGAGGAUGAAAAGAAGUUGUUGAUGACUGAAGAGGAAUUGAAUGAAAGACGUGCUUUAAGAGGUGAAGGUCCUAUUGCGGAUGAACCGCCUAUGGAUCCUGAGGAAUACGAGAGAAAACGCAAGGUUAUUGAUGAGAUUCGUAAGCGCGGAAAUCCUGAAUUUGAAGCGGAACUUGAUAGAAUCAAGCAAAGAAUUGAUGAAGAGACUGAAGAUAUCAGUGAGGAUCAACUAUUUCAGCCUAUUUAUCCAUUAGAGCCCAUCAUUCCUGAUAAAAUUAUUGAUCUUGGGCCACCAAUAUAUGAUGAUACUCCCAACUCUGAUCAGUCUUCAGGUGCUGCUACCACACCUAUUAUGCCUCAGCCAGAUGCAUUAGAAACUUCAACUAACAUUGCUGCAUUGGAUCCUACUCAAACUGAAAAAGCCAUGAAAUAUUGCAAAUGGGCUUCAUCUGCUUUGAAUUACGAUGAUAUAAAAACAGCUGUUAGCAACUUGGAGAAGGCAUUGUAUUUGUGCAAAUUUGGCAAAGAAAAACAAUAGGCUUUUCGCAUCUAAUGUCGCUUUCAAAACAUAUGAAUAACCUAACUGAUAAUUAAACAAUAAAAUAUUUCGUUUUUAUUUAAUAGAUAA